AUGGCAGAAGCUAAGACCCACCGGUUUGGAGCAAUCCUGUCUCUUAUCUCUUUAAUCUUCCUCAUCUCUGGGGCUGAGGCAGCUUCAUUUCAGCGAAAUCAGCUGCUUCAGAAAGACCCAGACCUCCGAUUGGAAAGUGUCCAAAAGUUUCCCAGUCCCGAAAUGAUCAGGGCUUUGGAAUACAUAGAAAAACUCCGGCAACAAGCUCACAAAGAAGAAAGCAGCCCAGACUAUAAUCCCUACCAAGGUGUCUCUGUUCCCCUCCAGCAAAAAGAAAAUGGUGAUGAAAGUCACUUGCCAGAAAGUUCAAGGGAUUCACUGAGCGAAGAUGACUGGAUGAGGAUAAUACUUGAAGCUUUGAGACAGGUUGAAAAUGAGCCUCAGUCUGCACCAAAAGAAAAUAAACCCUAUGCCUUGAAUUCAGAAAAGAACUUUCCAAUGGACAUGAGUGAUGAUUAUGAGACACAGCAGUGGCCAGAGAGAAAGCUUCAGCACAUGCGAUUCCCUCCUAUGUAUGAAAAUUCCAGGGACAACCCCUUUAAACGCACUAAUGAAAUAGUGGAGGAACAAUAUACUCCUCAAAGUCUUGCUACACUGGAAUCGGUCUUCCAAGAGCUGGGAAAAGUGACAGGCCCAAACAAUCAGAAGCGUGAGAGGGCUGCUGAGGAACAAAAACUUUACACAGAUGAUGAAGAUGAUAUCUACAAGACCAAUAACAUUGCCUAUGAAGAUGUGGUUGGGGGAGAAGAUUGGAGUCCAGUAGAGGAGAAAGUAGAGAGUCAGACGCAGGAAGAGGUGAGAGACAGCAAAGAGAACAUAGAAAACAACGAACAAAUCAAUGAGGAAAUGAAACGUUCAGGGCAGUUGGGCCCCCAGGAUGAUCUCCAGAAAGAGAAUAAAGAUCAACUUUCAGGUGAUGUCUCCAAAGUAAUUGCCUAUUUGAAAAGGUUAGCGAAUGCUGCAGGAAGUGGAAGGUCACAGAAUGGGCAAAAUGGGGAAAGGGCAAACAGGUUUUUUGAGAAACCACUUGAUUCUCAGUCUAUUUAUCAGCUGAUUGAUAUCUCAAGGAAUUUCCAGAUACCCCCCGAAGACUUAAUUGACAUGCUCAAAACUGGGGAGAAGCCAAGUGCGUCGGUGGAACCGGAGCAGGGGCUUGAACUUCCUGUUGACCUAGAUGGCAUCUCGGAGGCUGACUCAGACCAUCCAGACCUGUUUCAGAAUAAGAUGCUCUCCAAGAGUGGCUUCCCCAAAACACCAGGCCGUGCUGUGACAGAGGCCCUACCUGAUGGACUUAGUGUGGAGGACAUUUUAAAUCUUUUAGAGAUGGAGAGUGCAGCAAAUCAGAAACCCCCAUAUUUUCCCAAUCAGUAUAACCGAGAGAAGGUUCUGCCAAGGCUCCCCUAUAGUCCUGGAAGAUCUAGAGCAAACCAGCUUCCCAAAGCUGCCUGGAUGCCAGAUGUUGAAAACAGGCAAAUGGCUUAUGAAACUAUGAAUGACAAGGAUCAAGAAUUAGGAGAGUACUUGGCUAGGAUGCUGGUUAAAUACCCUGAGAUCAUUAAUCCCAACCAGGUGAAGCGAGUUCCCAGUCAAGGCUCAUCUGAAGAUGACCUGCAGGAGGAGGAUCCAAUUGAGCAAGCCAUCAAAGAGCAUUUGAAUCAAGGCAACUCUCAGGAGACUGACAAGAUGGCCCCGGUUAGCAAAAGGUUCCCUGUGGGACCCCCGAAGAAUGUUGAUACCCCAAAUAGACAGUACUUGGAUGAAGACCUGUUAAUAAAAGUGCUGGAGUACCUCAACCAAGAAAAGGCAGAAAAAGGAAGGGAGCAUAUUGCUAAGAGAGCAAUGGAAAAUAUGUAA